UAUUUUGAAAAAUUGGCGGCCCAUGCCGACCGGACCUGGUUUCUGGGCGCUGGAGGAGUCGCUGUGGUCUUCGUUGCUCGUUUAACACGCAGUGUGUUUAUUUCGCUCUGUCCGCCUGGAGGACUCGGCAUGUUUCGCAGGAAACUCACCGCGUUAGACUAUCACAACCCCUCGGGCUUCGACUGCAAAGAUGAAACCGAGUUCAGAAAUUUCAUCGUUUGGCUCGAGGAUCAAAAAAUCAGACAUUACAAAAUCGAGGAUCGUGGGAACCUGAGGAACAUCCCAAGCUCUGACUGGCCAAAGUACUUCGAAAAGUAUCUGCAAGAUGUGAACUGCCCAUUCAGUGCCCAGGAGAGGGAGGAGUCUGUGGACUGGCUGCUGGGCCUUGCAGUCCGUUUUGAAUACGGUGACAACGUGGAGAAAUACAGGAACUGCACACCUGCAGCCGAGGCUAGUAAUGCCCAGAAACCAGCUGACCCCCUCAUUAACCUGGACAGCAAUAAUCCUGAUUUCAAGGCUGGUGUCAUGGCCCUCGCAAACCUGCUUAAAAUUCAGAGACAUGAUGACUAUCUGGUGAUGCUCAAGGCCAUCAGGAUCCUCAUCCAAGAACGACUGACGCCUGAGGCCAUAGCCAAAGCAAGCAAGGCUAAAGAGGGCUUACCAGUAGCUUUAGACAAGCACAUUCUUGGCUUUGACACAGGAGAUGCCACUCUUAACGAAGCAGCUCAGAUCCUUCGGCUCCUGCACAUCGAGGAGCUGCGAGAGCUGCAGACGCGGAUUAACGAGGCGAUCGUGGCCGUCCAGGCCAUCAUCGCUGACCCCAAGACAGACCACCGGCUGGGAAAGGUGGGCAGAUGAUCAGCCUCCUGGACCUCUGGCCAGUCUGCAGUGUUUGCGUGUGGGCCACACCGAAACAUCUGGCUGGAAUCUUCAGUGCUGACUGGAUUUUUGUGUUUGGACAAACAUUUAAUCAGUUGCUGACAGAGAGAAUGGAGACAUGAAAUUGAACCAGUUUUUUUUGUUGCUUAAAAAAAAAAAAAAAAAACUUAAAAAAUGUGCACUAGAUCAAUUGGGGUCACAUUGCAAUCUUACACUACACUAACAGUCAUUUUAUGAACUCCCGAAUCAGAAAGAAAAGCACUCAAUGUUUUCUGUUUCUACAGCAGAACCAUUCCUUGGAAUUGGAGAAAUGUCUUUUUUUUUGGGAUAAAAAGUACUUUUUGGGUUUCAGUCUUGCUUUGUUUUGAUCAGAAAGGAGGGAAAAGAUUGCAUUGGUAUGUGUGCAUGUAUAUAAAUGACAUUAAAAGGCAGUGAGCA